AUGCAUCACGGGAAUCUUAUACAUCCACUAGUUGAGGAGGUUCUCGCAAAUGCUCUUACAAUGGUUAAUCAAUCUGCAGCAGAUGAAUUGAAUCAGAUAAAUGCGGUGACGCAGAUCAGUAAUCAGAUGAAGAAAGAAGGUGACAUGAAGAAAUCGAUUUUGCAGAAUAAUGAAAAUGAUACGGAAGAGAGAGGGUCGUUUAACGACCUGCAACAAGCACGAUGUCACUGGAUACAACUUGAUAAACUUGACUUACAACUUAAAGUAAUUCAGUCAACAAUUGCAUAUGUAAUCGAAAAUUUUGAAUCAAUGCGACUACUUUGGAGCUUUGGAAAAAAUUAUGAAAAGGAGAAACUGUACAAUGAUCAAAGAUUUCACGAUUAUUGCACCUGUUUCCAAACAGCACUGAAAAUGAUCAUGGAAUUUGUGGAUGAGCCACGUGAUAUGUGCAAACUGAUCCGUAAUAUCGGAGCUCGGCAUUUCUUCUACAAUGUCUACGAACCACAUACUGAGGAAAUGCUCAAAUUGCUAAUUAGAUAA